CAUGAGCAGAAAAGAAUAAGACAUUAAGAGAUUGAUUGCUUCAUAAGUAAGAAUAUUAUAUAUAUGAUUCCUUUUAGUGCCACAUUGGAACAAAACAACUCCAAUUUGAUAUGAAGAGAUAUGUUUCACAUAGAAGUGAUAAUGGUGCAUACAUCCUCAAUUUAGAAGAAACCUGGUAGCAUAUUAAAUUAGCUGCCAGAGUUAUUGCUGCAGUUGAUUAACCUCAAGAUGUCAUGGUAUUAUAAAUAAUGAGUAUUUAAGGUUGUUUCAUCAAGACCAAUUGGAUAAAGAGCAGUCAUUAAAUUUGCUCACUAUACUAAUGCUAGCUCAACUAGAUCAUCAAGAUGGACACCAGGUACAUUGACAAAUCAAUCUAACAGUGCCAGUGGAAAAUUCUAAGAACCACAAUUAUUGAUUGUCACAGAUCCACAUUUGGUAUAUAUAUUUGAAUUAAGAUUUUCUUAGGAUAAAUAAGCCAUUGUUGAAGCAUCUUACGUUAAUAUUCCAGUUAUUGCUUUAUGCAAUUCAGAUAACCUCUUGUAAUAUGUCGAUAUCCCAAUUCCAGUUGGAAAUAGAGAAACAAAAGCAAUUUCAAUGAUCUAUUGGUUGUUAGCCAGAGAAGUUAAGAUCUUAAGAGGAGAAUUGAGACAAGGUAUUAAAAUAAGCCAUAAUAAUAGAUGAAGAAUGGGAUGUUUUGGUUGAUUUGUUCUAUCAUAAGGAAAUUACCAAUGAUUAAUUGGGAGUUGCAGAUAACUAAGUUAAAUAAGAAGGUGAUGGAGAAGAAUAGGAACAAUAAGGUGAUGCAGCAAAAGCUGAUAAAGAUUGGUGAU